CUAAGCUAUCUAUAAAUGAACAGGGCUCUAAGGGAUAUCCUCAUGCACUCGCAAUGGCAAUAUUGGUGCAUCACACCUUCAUUUCACUUCGGCUCACUUGACGAAUUGAAGAGGUCGGGCUGCGCAUGAGAACGAGCGAUUUACUAGUCUAUUAGAUUAAAUAUAACAUAAAAAAAUCUAAACAAGCAAGCUAUCAAAUCAACGUAACCUAUCAUUGUUAUUUAGAAGAGAAAGUUCCAUCUCCUGACUCCAACGUAUUACACGGCAAACCUUUGAUUCGACUAUUGUUGCUAACUCUACAGUCGUGGCGUAUCACUAUCGGAAGUGCGGAGUUUCCGACUGAGACGUUUCACUUGAACGACCCUCCAAGUCGUAAUUCAACCUGCAGUCAUGACUGAGAACAUUCGUAUCAACAAUCCCAAUGUGAAGUACACAGAUACACACAUCAAGGCUCAAUACUGCUACCAUACUUCUGCUGUACGCAGGGAUGGAGACACACUCACAGUGACCCCCUCUGUUAGUGAGCUUGAGUUCCGUACUGAGCGACGUGUCCCCAGGCUGGGGGUGAUGCUAGUUGGCUGGGGAGGAAACAAUGGGACAACCGUCACCGCUGCUGUCCUGGCCAACAGACUGGGACUCACCUGGAGAACCAAAACUGGAGAACAGAAAGCCAACUACUACGGUUCCCUCUUCCAGUCCUCAACUGUGUGUUUAGGGCCGGGGCCAGAUGGAAAAGAAGUUAACAUUCCGUUCCGUGACCUCCUACCCAUGGUGCACCCUAAUGAUAUUGUCUUUGAUGGCUGGGACAUCUCAUCCAUGGACCUGGGCAGUGCGAUGGAGAGAGCCGAGGUCCUUGAUUGGUCCCUCCAGGAGAAGCUCCGCCCACACAUGAGCUGCCUCCGACCCCGAGCCUCCAUCUAUAUCCCAGAAUUCAUAGCUGCCAACCAGGCGGGCCGAGCAGACAAUAUUCUGAAAGGGACCAUGGCUGAACAGGUGGAGCAGAUCAGAGCAGACAUUCAGGACUUCCGGCAUUCAAGCGGCGUGGAGAAGGUCAUCGUUUUGUGGACGGCCAACACCGAACGUUUCUGUGACCUCACAGCCGGGGUCAACGACACGGCCAAGAAUCUCCUGGCUGCCAUACAGUCAGGUGGGGAGGUGUCUCCCUCUACUUUGUUUGCCGUAGCCAGUAUCCUGGAGGGCUGUGCCUACAUUAACGGUUCUCCCCAGAACACGUUUGUCCCUGGGGCGAUAGAGCUGGCUGUGGAGAGAAAUGUGUUCAUAGCAGGAGAUGACUUCAAGUCUGGUCAGACAAAGAUCAAGUCAGUCCUGGUCGACUUCCUCAUCAGUGCUGGGAUCAAGCCCACCUCCAUUGUCAGCUACAAUCACCUUGGCAACAAUGAUGGUAUGAACCUCUCAGCACCGCAGCAGUUCCGCUCCAAGGAGAUCUCCAAGAGCAAUGUGGUGGAUGACAUGGUCAACUCCAACCCUAUACUGUACCACAAUGGGGAGAAACCUGACCACUGUGUGGUGAUUAAGUAUGUGCCGUAUGUGGGGGACAGUAAGAGGGCGAUGGAUGAAUACACCUCUGAGAUCAUGAUGGGAGGAACCAACACUAUCGCAAUGCACAACACCUGUGAGGACUCUCUGCUAGCCAGUCCUAUCAUCCUGGACCUGGUCCUCCUCACAGAGUUGUGUCAGCGUGUAUGUGUUCGGCCCCAAGGAUCAGAGACCUUCCAGUCCUUCCACAGUGUCCUGGCUAUCCUCUCCUUCAUGUGUAAAGCUCCCCUCGUCCCCCCUGGGGCCCCGCUGGUCAAUGCCUACUUCAGACAGAGAGCCUGCAUUGAGAACAUCAUGAGAGCGUGCCUUGGUCUCCCCCCUCAGAACCACAUGCACCUGGAGCACAAGCUGCAGAGGGGCUUCCUGCCUCGCCACGACAACCGUAUCUACGACAAUGUGGUUACCAAGAUGGUCCUAAGCACCGGUUACCACGCCUCCCAACAGAAUGGUGUCUGCGCACACUUGGUGAAAGAGGCAACGAUUGGAUAAUGGCUGCACAUUAGGUCUCUGUCAUCACGGGGAAGAUUCUAGAAGUGUCCACAGCCAUAGAGAAACAAUUACAUCCAUAGUUUAUUAGGAUCCCCAUUAGCUGUUGCACAUGCAGCAGCUACUCUUCCAUGGGUUACACACUAUUACAUAUUUAGAUACUUAUACAGUGCAGUUAAAUUGGAUCCAUAGAAAGUUAGCCAAAGUCUUUACACAGCAUACUGUAUGAUGAUCAUGUUUUAUUUGACCUGGUUGUGUAAGAUGCAUACAGUAGCAAAAAUGGGCUCAAACCAUUGUAACUUUUGAAUGACCAGUUUAAUAUUCUGUGGUUUUAGACUCGUAUUGCUCAUAUACAUACAAACUUAACCAAACUCUGUUCUUGUAUUUGUUCCAAUGACUUGUAAAAAUGCAGUGUUACCCUACCAUCCCGACCCUGCUUGGAGUAAACUAACGGACAACAAUACUUCUACUUACAGCUAUUUUCGCUCACAUCUACGAUAUCUGUAUUUAAACAAUUGUACAUAUAUUCUUAAUUUCCCCUUCAAGUGCUGGAUUCUCACCCACAGCGGCCAAUCCACCCUUCAUUCUGAAAAUCCAACCCUCCAAUGUCCACAGAUUAACCACUCUUUCCCCGUAUAAUGCCAUUUUUAUAUUUCCUUUUGCAAUACAUCCCUCCAUUUUACGAUGUCUUUUGAGUCCUUGUAACAUUUCUACCGAUAUAAAAUAAAUACUUUACCCAAGAGUAUAA